AUGAAGAGAUUUACAAAAUCGAUUAAAAAAAAAGUUUCAAAUCAACAAACAAAAGAAGUAUUAGAUAAAUCUAAAGAUGAGUUGGGCAAAAAGUUGACUGGAUCAAAUUUUCAAACUAAAAAAAAAAAAGUUUCACCUGGCACAUCCAACAAUAUGACCACUACCCCUACCACUGAUGAGGCAAUUUUCAGUCAUGCAAAUUUAAUUAAACAGGUUAACAUUAACCGAAAACAUUCUGAAAAAUAUUACAUCUAUGAUUUUGAUAAAUAUAUAGGUCCUACUAAUGAAAAUGAUUUAUAUGAUACCAGUUAUAAUAUUUUUAAAACUAAAAAUGGUGUUAAUCCCACUUCUGCAAGAUAUGUCAUCCAUUAUUUAACCAAAUAUUUCAAGACGUUGCUAGUUGAAAAUAACACUAAUACUAUGAACAAUGUCAAUAGCAAUGUUAAUAUAGUAUUGAAUGUUUGGGAAUCUUUAACUGGCAUUUCUGAGAGUGAAAAAGAUAAACUAGUGUGUAAUAUGUUAGUUAAAUUUUUCCCCUGGGAAGGCUGUUCAUUAAAUGGGGAAAUUUUAGAGGAUAGUAUAAAAUCCACUUUCCAAAAAGAUAUAAUUUUAGUUUUUAAAAGUUUAUUAGUUUUAUGGUCUAAAAUGCCCAAGGGUGUUAUUCCAUGGAAAUCAUACAUUAAGUUCACCAAACUUGAAAAACAAAAUAAUUUCCCAAUGAAAUCUUUUUAUCAAUAUAUUUCACUAACUCUACCAGACCAUAAUUAUACAUGUUGUUGUUUUGAAUUUUUUGAGCUAGUGUUGGCAGUUAUAAGUAACGGAGCCUUAUUAUUAUUGGGUACCAAGGACUCCAUGUUAUAUUGGUUAUUUCACAUGGCUCAAUAUUGUUUCCCCAAGAAUAUUGUAUCAUUGGAAACUUUCCAGGAUUAUUACAUAGAUUAUCAGGUUAAAGCUGAAUCUUUGUACCAUGUUUUGGUUGCUUAUAUGAGAUCUUUAUACGAAGAAAAAAAAUUAAAAGAUUUUUAUCUCAUUGAAGAUUUUAAUAUUUUGACAAAAUAUCCUCCAGAGUUUAGUUCUUUAUGGAAUAUAGAGGAUAAAGCGUUAAUUUUAUCCGUACCAUCUUCACAGAUAGACACUGCCUCUGGUUUAUUUGAAACUUGCAGUUUGUUGGUUUUAAACAGAAGAUACGAAAAGAAUGUAGUUUUUACAAAGUUGGAAAAUGAUCUAUUGGAUCGAUUACAUGAUGAUCCUGUAUCUAUAUACAAUAAAUUAUUUACUGAAAACUCUAAAAAACAUGUGCUUAAAAUGGAUCCUCAUUUUAAAAUUUGCGACAAAAAAACAGGGAGUUUGGAAAAUAUUAAUAAUGAGAAUGAUUACAAUAACAAAAAUAGGCAGCAUAGUGAUGUUGAUGAUAAUAGCAUUAGAAAUGCAGUUUUUGAAAAAUGGAACCAAUAUGGUGUGGCUGAUUGGAUUGGUUUUGAAUCCGAUAGACUUGCUACCAAUUUAUUUUUCAAGUCUUUGGAAAACGCUAGUUCUCACGAUGAAGGUGAUAUAGCUUUGGUCAAUUCAGUUGGGUGUUUUAAAAUGGAAUUUAAUGACUGGUUAUACUUGAAUUUUAUCAGAGAUUCAACAUCAGGAUUUAUAAAUAAAAAAAUAUUAAUUUUUGAGUUAAAUGUCAGAGUUAAUAAUUUUAAAUAUUUAAUUAUUGUUGAAAGUGAUCUAUUUGAUGAAAAUGACUUCAGUUUUAUUGCGCGAAAAAAUGUCAGCAAAGCGGACACCAAGGCCAGUGGGAGAACCUCUAAAGGUAAAGAAAAUGAAAGUACAAGUAUAAUUAGUCCCAAUACUGAUACUAUUAGAAAAUCAUCGAAACCCACUUUUAUAGAAAAUGAAUUAGACAAAGAAUAUUUAUAUACAAAAAUUUUUGAUCAACAAGAAGAAGAGGAGAAGGGAACAGAAAUAAAAUCUAUGGCGUCUUUACAACCGCAAGUGGGGCAAACUUUUUCGAAAACUGGUACACCUGUUUCUGUAAAGGUUAUCCCUAAGACCACAUUUGAUGAAAAAUUUCGAACUUUGACGCCACCAAUAACAGAUGUUGCUAGUAUUGAAAAUAAUUAUGAUGGUAUUGACGGUGAUAAAAAUGAAAUAAUUACAACCAUCAGACAAACAACAAAAAUAGAAACAACCAAAGUUCAACAUGGUACCGAUUGCUCAUCAAGUAUUUAUUCAUCAAAAACGAAAAAGUCGCACAGAAAGAGUGAAUCAUUUACCACCAAUUUAGAUAAACCAGUCCUAGACAUUCAAUCCUUAAAUGAUACCAAUGCUGAAGAUAAUAUAUUUGCAAUUGGUCAACAGCAAAAAGAGCUAGAAUUAGAGUAUAAUAGACUUUACUAUAAUAACACUGAUCGUUCUGGUCCAACAACACCUGAAACUUUUAAAGUUGAAUCUGGCACAAAAAAUAGGGAAUUUGAAACUAGUCCAGAGAGCGAUAUAAAUAAUACAGAUGUAUUUAUCCAGAAAGACCUUACUACACCUACAAAACAUCAUACAUACACUUCAAUAGGCAAGGGAAACAUAAAACUACCGCAAAGGUUAAGACCCCCCAUAUGUGAUUUUGCUUCAAAGAGCAGCGUAUCUAUGAAGAAAAUAUCAGAUGUUGAUAUGGAUAGCGAUUAUGAAAAAGAUCAUAAGAAACAAUACUACAUGGGGAAAACUCGCGGUGAGUUGGUUUGGAAUAAGGCUGACUCAAUGCCAAAUUUAAACAGUCGUGUGGAUUUCAAUGAUUACAGUACAGAUAGUUUUGUUACUGCGCAGAAUAUUAAACAAUGA